GACUAAACAUUUCUUUUGUCCACAGGCAUAUCAUGGUUGUAACUGGUGCUUCCCCACCCCUACCGCCUCUGGCCCUGCCUCGCAUCAGCUCCGUCUCAACGCUCCGCAGACAACAUAGCGUCCCCCCGGAAACGCAUUUCGCCCCCGCGAAUCGUCAUAGCGUCCUCGCCGGUCACAUCGCCAACAACAAGAGGAGCGCACUUUGCGGCUGCAGGAUCGGUAACGUGCUGGGGCGACGGUCGCAACAGCGGCGGCGGGCCUCUGGCCGGCCAUGAUCGACGCGCGUCGUUGCCCUUUUGCGCCCGCGCCGCAGGUGCAGCCGUGCCGCCGGUCGCCGCCUCCGCCGCCCAUUUCAAGGUCACCGUUACCGCCCUCGGUCACGCCCACACGCCCAACGGUGCCACGCCCCAACUCAUGGAAGGAGGCACCGCGCAGCUCAAACGCGUGCACUUUUACGUGGGGCCGCAACUCGAGACAGCCCUUUACGCCAAGGACACGCCGCAAGAACAGGUCAAAGGUGAGGAAUAUUUACAAUUUUAUAUGAUAUAGCAAGGGUG